AUGAAAACUGCAAACUUGGGCAGUGUAAGUGGUCGUACCAAAGAAGUUGUAUAUCCAUUAUUCUCAAAAGCUUUGUCUUCUGCUAAAACCCGGACAGAAGCACAGAAAGUCCAUUCGUUGAUUGUCACUCUUGGAUUGCACCAUUGCGUCUUCUUCUCUGGCAAACUCAUAAGCAAGUAUGCCCAACUCAGAGACCCAAUUGCGUCCCUCUCAGUUUUCCACCAAGCUUUUCCCAAAACCAAUCCCUAUCUAUGGAAUUCAAUCAUUAGAGCGCUUAUCCAUAAUGGGUUUUACUCAAAAGCUCUUGGCCACUACACUAAAAUGCAGAAAAUGAAUGUUCAACCUGAUAGGUAUACAUUUCCUUCUGUGAUCAAUGCCUGUGCUGGGUUGUGUGACCUGGAAACGGGUAUGAUUGUUCAUCAGCGUAUUUCAGAAAUGGGUUUUGGCUCAGACUUGUAUAUUGGUAAUGCACUGAUUGAUAUGUACGCUAGAUUUGGUGAACUCGGUAAAGCACGGCGGCUGUUUGAGGAAAUGCCUCUUAGGGAUAUCGUCUCGUGGAAUAGUCUGAUUUCUGGCUACAGUUCAAAUGGAUAUUGGGAGGAAGCUUUGGAAAUUUUUCAUAGGUUAAGAAUGGAUGGGUUGUUACCGGAUUCUUUUUCCAUAUCUGGUGUCUUGCCUGCGUGUGGAAGCUUGGUUGAUGUUAGAGAGGGUCAGAUAGUUCAUGCGUUGGUUGAGAAGAUCGGGGUCCAUGCUGAUGUUUUAGUAAGCAAUGGACUUCUUUCAAUGUACUUCAAAUUUGGUUGGUUAAAAGAUGCGCAACUUUUUUUUAAGAGGACGGUGGUUAGGGACCCUGUUGGUUGGAACACUGUCAUUUGUGGGUACUCUCGGUUGGGGUUGUUUGAAGAAUCAAUAAAUUUGUUUAUGGAAAUGGUAAAUGAAUUUACACCUGACUUGCUGACAAUCACUUCUGUUCUUCGUGCUUGUGCUCAUUUACGUGACUUGGGACGUGCAAGAUAUGUUCACGACUACAUGAAAAGAAGUGCUUUUUCAUUUGAUACUGUGGCAAAUAACAUACUUAUUGAUAUGUAUGCAAAAUGUGGAAAUUUAUUAGCUUCACAGGAAGUAUUUGAUCAUAUGGAAUGCCGGGAUUCUGUGUCAUGGAAUUCCUUGAUCAAUGGCUACUUUCUUAAUGGUUGUUGUGCUCAAGGGUUAAACCUUUUUAAGGUGAUGAAGAGUAACAUGAUACCGGACUCUGUGAGUUACGUGAUGAUCCUAUCUAGUUCUACCCAGCUAGCGGAUGUGGAAAAGGGGAAAAUGAUCCACUGUGAUAUAGUAAAACUGGGAUUCGAUUCUGAUGUUAUUGUCAACAAUGCACUUGCCGAUAUGUAUGCUAAAUGUGGCAAAAUACAGGAUUCACUAAUAAUAUUUGAGAACAUGAAAGUUCGUGAUGUAGUAACAUGGAAUACCAUAAUUUCUGCAUGCAUUCAUUAUGAUGAUCGUAUUUUAGGGUUAAGGAUGAUCCUCAGAAUGAGGAAUGAGGGAGUGAUGCCUGAUGCGGCCACCAUGUUAGGCAUCUUGCCCCUGUGUUCCUUACUUGCUGCGAAGCAACAAGGAAAAGAGAUCCAUGGAUGCAUUUUCAGGUUAGGAUUUCAUUCAGAUGUUCCAGUUGGGAAUGCACUAAUAGAAAUGUAUUCUAGCUGUGGUAGCUUGGAAAACUCCGUACUAGUAUUUGAGCAUAUGAAAAAGAAGGAUGUCGUGACAUACACUUCGAUGAUCUCUGCAUAUGGGACAUAUGGUGAAGGUGUGAGAGCAUUGAGAACUUUUGCAGAAAUGGAAGCAACAAGCGUCCUUCCUGAUCAUCUUGCUUUCCUUGCUGUUAUAUUUGCUUGUAGCCAUUCAGGUUUGGUAGAAGAAGGCCUGGCUUACUUCAACCGGAUGAGGAACGACUACAAAAUUGAACCAAGGAUCGAACACUAUGCUUGUGUAGUUGACCUCUUGUCGCGGUGUGGCUUAUUGGGUCAAGCAGAAGACUUUAUCCAUUCAAUGCCAAUGAAGCCAGAUGCAAGUAUCUGGGGAUCUUUACUUAGUGCUUGUCGAGCAAGUGGAGAAGCAAACAUAGCUGCACGUGCCUCAGACCAGAUAAUUCAAUUGGAUUCUUAUGAUACUGGGUAUCAUGUUUUGGUAUCAAAUGUGUAUGCAGCUUCAGGGAAGUGGGAUCAAGUGAGAAUAAUACGGAAAUACAUGCAAGCUAAAGGACUCUCAAAAGAUCCUGGAUUUAGCUGGAUGGAAAUUCAAAAGAGGGGUUGA